CGCGUCGCGUGUCCGAUCCGUAAAGCGCGCGCACAGAAGUACCGUCGAUCGACACGCUUAUUGCGUAAUUUAUUCAUACAGAAAUGGAGGAAUACGCACGUGAACCUUGCCCAUGGCGAAUUGUAGAUGAUUGUGGAGGUGCCUUCUCUAUGGGAGUAAUUGGAGGAUCAGUUGUUCAUGCUAUUAUUGGAGCAAGGAAUGCACCUGCUGGGUACAGACACAGACUGAUUGGUAGUUUUCUUGCUGUGAAACACAAAGCACCAGUAGUUGGAGGUAACUUUGCUGUAUGGGGAGGUUUGUUCUCAACAUUUGAUUGUGCAUUGGUCCACAUAAGAAAGAAAGAAGACCCAUGGAAUUCAAUCACUAGUGGAGCUCUGACAGGUGCCGUCUUAGCUGCAAGAAAUGGGGCUGUGGCUAUGGCAGGUUCUGCAAUGAUUGGUGGGAUUCUGCUUGCCAUGAUCGAAGGUGUUGGAAUUCUCAUGACAAGAAUGUCUGCAGAGCAGUUCAGACCAGUUAACCCACAAAUGGAAGACCCAUCACAGUUGGAUCAAAAGGGUCCUUCGUUUGGAACUCAGUUUCAAUGAUGUUAAAUUAAUUAUAUCAGAAUGAAUGGACUUGUUUCUAUAUGUGUACCUGGAGUGAGUACACCUUUAUUGACCAUGGAUUGCAUCAUCAAAAUGUAUCCUGAAGGCAGCAGCUGGAUCAAGUGUUUGAAAAUCAGGGAAAAUCUGCCAUACAUUUGAAGGAAGCUGAGAUAAGACUUUGAUGUGUUGUGAUACAAUGAUUGAGUCAACAGUGGCGUCUUCUGAGCAGAGUCUAGCAAUUCUACUGGUAUAUCUGAUUGUCAAUUGUUAUAAAACUGUACUAAUUUAUCACCUGAUUUAUUGAAUGUCUAUAUGGGCCUGGAAAAUUAAUGAUGUUUAAUUCUGUGAUUAGAAAAGGCAAACAAAAGAGGUUCAUUGAAAUUUGAACCAAGAAUACAUAUAAGAUAUCAAUGGAAAGUCAUGGGUAAGAAAUAUACAGUAUAUUUGAUCCUUCUAGGUAUCAGUAAAUUCUACCUUUUCCAUUCUUACAUAAAAGCAACACACACACACCUUCAAAAAAAGAUUGAAAAAUGUGUGCUGUCCAUAUUGAUGUUUGAAUAACAAAGUUGAUGUUUGAAUAACAUGAUUAGAAGUAAUAACAAAAUCCUUUUUUUCACAUCUAGUUGACAAGGAUUUGGCGCUGUCAUGCAAUUUAAUUCUGAUUAUGUGUACAUGUACUUGACAAUUACUAAAAUCAAGAUAUAUUUUUUCUUUGAAACCUGAAUUUGAUACUGAUGAUUCACUACUCUUCCCCAAAUAUACCACUUGACAUUCAAGACUGAGAGGGCAAUCCAUGUCUUUAUAUGUAUGAAUCAAAAUAAACUACAUGCAGUGAAGAUAUAUGGUCCCUAUUCUGUAAUCAAUUUAAUAUUAGUGAAUAUGUAUUAAUAUUUUUAUACACAACAAUAAAUAUCACACAAGUGGAAAAUGAAUGAGAAAACUAUAUAUGCAGUGAUUCAUAUGGUCCAUGUUCGAAAAUUGCUGCAUUUUAGUGACGAGGUGUCUUUUGGUAUAUAUAUCAUCCACUGAUGUUUGGAUUUAAAAGCAUUUAAUAUUACUUGUAAGUUGUAUGGUUGUUUACAUUUGUGUGGGUUUUGAUGCUGCUAUUAAAUGUUUGCAUUUAGUGGUACCUAUAAUAUAUUCAAAUAAUUAUUCAUUUUUCGAGUGGAGGAGGUUUACAUGAUGCUUGUAUUUAUGGGUUCAUACAAGUGAAUCAGCUAUGGUAACUCAGUAUAAUGAGCUUUUUAAAGUACAUGUUUUUACCUCUUUAAUAUGAACCUAUUGAAAGUCCCAAAUAAUUGUCAUGGAUACAAUCCAUUCCAUUGUUAUAUGAAUUACAUUCUAUACCUGAAAUACAUCAACAGUAGUGAUAAUAGAUUAUUGGGUCUCUGAAAAACACAUACACAUUACCAUGGUAAUGAUAUGAUAACCCUUGGGUACAGUACUGUAUCUAUCAACUGACCUGAAUUACAAUGGCUUAUGAUUAUCCAAAUAAAAAUCUCAUUGUUUACAGAGGUUAAGUUAUUUUAUACUCUCCUGAAACUGGCUUAGAAGAAAGUUCAAAACCCUGAAAAAUGAGAUAUUUCAUAGCUAUUUUGUACGGGCAUUAAUUAAGAUAACUGUCUUUAUUAUAGAUGCCCAAUUUAGAAGAUUACAGCAUGUUUUCUCGUAUGCUACAUGUAGAUACAUGUACUGAAUAAAUUAGGGCUGUACUGUACAUCCUUGUGUAGGAGGUGGUGUAUUAAGAGAGUAUGUGUUUGUUAAGAAUUUCAUAAACAGGUUAGCUGUUUGGUUGUAUUCAUCCUGGUGUUUUGGGGUAGUGGUAGAUCUAGCCAGGUUGAACACAAUACCAUUUCAGGGACAAUACUCACCUAUUAACAGUGUCUUAUCCUGCUAGAUCCAUGCAAACUAAGGUUACCCAAAUUCUAUCAAAUUGGUCUGGAUCACUCUUAUGCAGUUAAUAAAAAGAUUUCAGACAGGACAUGGACACCAGUGUCUCAUUGACAGGUUUUGUAUUCAGAUCUGUUGCUGACAAGAAGCUGUCAUUUUUCUUUUACAGCUGUAACGAGGUUCCAGGCUCAUCCUGCUGUACUGUUUUGUUUUAUUUUUUUAAGAUUUAUAUUUCUCAUUGCUUCCAUGCAUUUUAAUAAUGGUAUGAAUCAUUGUAAUAAAAUUAUGUAAAUCGUCAAUUAUUAUUAUUUUAGUAUGAUGACCCCACAUGAAGAUUUGAUAUUAUAGUAUGACGUGUCGAGCCCUUAUCUAAUUAUUAGUGAAAAAAUAUGACUGGCAGAGAUGUACAAUUAUUGUGCACAAUACGAGACAUACAUGUAUAUUUAAAUGUCUAUUAAAAAGAGUUUUUAAACUUGAAUAAGUAAAUGUAUUUGCUUGCAUUUGUUGUGCUUGUAAUGAAAUAAUACUUGGGGUAAUAAAAAUGUCAAAUUAUAACUAUUUUAACCCAAUUUGAGAGAACUUUCAUAACUAGGGAAAGAAUAAAAGCACUUUCAAUGGGAUAUGCAAUGAGCCAGGUACAUUGUUAUUUCAGCGCAUGAUAUAACUUUUUUGGGCAUCCUUGAAGCCUCUAAAUCAGAAAUUACCAUGAUAGAACUAAACCCAAACUGAAUUGGUCAAUGGCAAAUUAUUUAUGAUUUCUGUUGAAAGCAGAACAGUAAGCCCAAAUCAAUUACAAACUUUUAAGUUACUGCAAGAAUUUUGAUUGAUGACAUUGUUCUAGUUGAAUUCAUUCUUCAUUUUCUCUCAUAUGAAGAUUCACCAUUUCCACUAGAUUAGUGUUUCAUGUACAAUGGAUGCUCAAAUUAAGGGUCCCUGUCAAUCUUUUCAGUUAUCUACUAAGCAAUACACUUCAUCUUUCUAUUUACUAGCCUUAUGUCAACAAGGUGAGAUAUAUCUAGCCAAGUCGACUUAUAGAAAGUAACAUGUUCACUUGACAAGAUAUGCUAUCUUGACAAGUCAGUUUACAAGUUAUAUGCCACCAUGUUGAGUAAGGUUUUCUACAAUGUACCUCGUACAACAUAAAUUUUAUAUGUUGACUUCGCAAGGUUAUGUAUCAAGUAUAUAUCAUACAACUUUAAAGUCAAUAGAUAACAUUUCAAAGCUUCUUUACUUAAGCACUAGCUGUAAAGCCUUUUUCAAAUUCUUUAUAAGCUGAUUCCACAAAAUGUUCAUGUCUGCUGAAAAAUAGAUUCCAUGGCAAAUAUACACAUGAUUAAGUAAUGAAAGAACUGAAAUGUGUUUGUGAUGAACAGUUAUUUUCCUCAGAUUUCAUGGCUGAUUGGAAAAUGUCCUCCCAAUAUAUCAGCACAUAUAAAUCACUGUUUUUUCAGUCAUUUUUUUUUAUAGAGUAGGAAACAUUAUCCUUUCAUUAUACCCCAAUGGGUCAAUCAAUGCCAGAGAAUUAAAAAUGAUAUCACAAGAAUAUAUGAUUUAAGCAAACAAUUUUUUAAUUAUGAUCAUGAUUUAAUAUCAAACUAUAAAGUAAAUUUAUAUCAUUUUUAAAUCCAAUUUAUACACAUCACUUCUAAACAAAAUCUAAACUUUAAUAAACUAGAGUUGUAUUUCUAAGUUGAACACAAUUAUACGAUUACAUUAAUGCCCCAAAAAGGAUCCGAUUUAGAUAGACUUAGUUGUCGGCAUGAAUUCAUUCAAAAUCACAAAGUAUUUCUUUACUUCUAUAAUAACAUACCGUUAAAAAUCUAUAGAGUAAUUUUCUUUCUAUACCAUUUUUAUACAAAACUAUAGCAAUGUACUCGCCCUUUCACAAUUGUGAAAGGUUGAGAAUAGUUGGAGAGGCCAUGGACCUACUAGCUAGUAGGUCCAUGGAGAGAC